AUGGCCGAAAUCUUCGGUGCCGUCGCAGGUGGUGCCGGCCUGGUGUCACUGGCCGUCCAGCUGGCAGACUGCGCCGUCAAGCUCAAGAGCUUCUGCGAACAGGUCGAGAAGGCACCAAGAUCACUCCGGCGCAUCUCUCGAGAACUUAACACCUUGUCACUCCUACUGCGGCAGAUUGACGGCCUGAGAAUUGAGCACGGCUCACGAGAUGCCGACGCCUUGGAAGAAUGUAUCGAGCUUUGCAGGGAGAGCACAGAAGACAUCGUCGAAGCCACGACAUCGCUCGAGGCUGUACUGGCACGCUUUCGCUUAGCUGGGCGAUUGUAUUCGGCGCUGAGGAUGGGCGACAUUAAGCAGCUUUGUGCUGACCUGGAAAGGUCCAAGAACUCGCUCAUGCUGGCGUUCCAGGUCUUCGACCAUAGGACCCAGGUCAGGAUGAUGCAUGCUUCCAACGAUCGGGAGAUCCAGCAUGGACUGGCGUUGCUGAAGCUGGGGGGAGCCGUCUCUGAGAUACGCUCGGACAUUGCAAUGUCGUCGUUGCAAGCCGCGCCUCCAGGUGCUGCCCGACGCCAGCUCGAGUCUUCCAUCCCUCAAGUCACGGACGUGGUGAAUACAGACUUGGUCCGGCGGCCUGCGAGGUCUGCUCCACGCAGAGUUCCUGCUGGAAAGAAGGGCACGACAUAUCGAUUCAAGCUUCCCUCUUGGUUCUGCGAUCGAGUCUGGCUUCUGUCUACCUGCCGUGCACAAGGGGACUGGACUUUGCGCUUGCAGACAUUUCGCAUCCGACCAUAUCGUGACUCGCCCAUCGUCAUGUAUCUCAGAGCUGGCAACGUCUCCAUGGUCAGGAAGAUGUUCGACGAAGGCACAGCGUCGCCCUACGACAUGUAUGAUCGAGGCAAUUGUUGGGUUAUGUCACCACUUCAAAUCGCCGCUGGGUCAGGUUCCGUCGAAUUAUGCAAUCUAUUACUAAUACCUGGCUUCCCGGAUCGUGUGGAGGCUAUACGAGCUGCAUUCGCCGAACUAAGUGUAACCGUCUUCAACUCGUACAAUCCGGAAGUCACUGUUGGCGAACGUCUCAUAGCUCAACGAUUCAUCGAAGCAGGCGACAUCACACUAGCCUGCGACAGGGAAACCUUUGGACCCAACCUCGGGUGGUGGUGUCAUGUUCAAUUCCUAGACCUUGUGAAGCAGAACACAAUAUUCGAUGCGCCGUUUGACGCUCAAUCGCGCUUUGACUACCUUGUGAUCAAUUGUUGCUGGACUGUGGAUCCGGGGAUGCUGACAAAGGAGUUCAAGUUGAGCGGUAGCGAAGAUAGUCUGGCCAGCCUGCGUACUUCUAGACCCAGCUCUCAGGGAAUCUCGGUGCUGCAUUUGAUUGCUAGUAAGAUGACGGAAGAGCAACGGCUGUCUCCUAGAGCCCGAAAAGUCAUCUGGACACCACUCUUAGAAAAACUUUUGACCGUAGGAGCUGAUCUUCAUCCCACGACUUCAGUCAACAUUUGGUGCUGGCCUCACGAUUGGCCCCCUCAACACGAGGGCCACAUAUUGCAAGUCUUUAAGACUUGGAUAUCUGCGCUGUUCCACGCCAACGUGGACCUCACACAAUAUGGCAAGACAGAAGCACUCGCUUGGCCCAAGGCCCUCGUGCACUGUCACCGCUACAGAAAUGACUGGCGCCCGGAUGUCACCUUUCGGAUCUGUGGCUUCACCUAUGGAGCAACGCCGGCUGAAUGGAGCUUGAUGGUUCAAGCGUGCCAGACAUUCUACCUGUAUAUCAUGCAAACAGCUCCCGGAGGAUGGGAGACGUCGCCUUACGUUCCGCAAGCUAUAUGCUGGGAGCCAGAGAGUUGCGACACGGUGGACGGCACAACAUGGUCGAAAUCGCACGUUGCAUUUGAGAUCUGUCGGCCGCAUCAAUUGUCGAAACCCUGGGAAUUCUAUCCAGGUCGACGGUCGUCUCGAGAUGAUACAGACCGGUGUGAGACUUGGACGCCAUUGAGGCUGCUUGAACCAACUUUGAGACGACCGCGCCAUCGCCGCAGGGCCAGCGAGCCAGUCCGUGUCGUCAGCGCACACCUCCCCCAGACGCGAGAGAGUGGCAGCGACUGGGAGUGGGCUCACCGCAUUCACUUACAUUACGCUGAAUACGACAUUUACUAUUGCGACCUCAAUAUGCUGCGCAUGAACGCGUGCUGGUUUCGUUGCUGGAAUACCCAUGUUGACGAAUGGAUUCGGCUUCGACAGGCAACUUGCAAGGCUUAA